AUCGACAAUAAAAACUAAAUGUUUGUGUUAAUUUAGUUAGUAUUCUCUGACGAUACCAAUCAGUCAUAUUCUUAUACAAAACAUCAGCAAGUGAUUCGGUAUUUCAAGUUAGUCUGAACUCAAUUUUCGUUGUGUCAAAUUCCGUGAAAUUUUCUUCCUUGUGUGAUUUUUGCCGAAAGUAGAAGAAAGUGAAAAAUUAUUUAAGCUAAUUUAUUCCAUUCCAUCUUUGAAGUCGCCUGCAAAGCGCCCUUUACAUCAUCGACUUGUGUUCUUGCAUCAAUAGUUACUUUAUGUUAGUGUUGUGCAAAAGCUAUAGCAGUUUCUAUUCAAAUUUUCUGUACUUUACUUAAUUUACCUCCCCCUGUUCAACAUUCAAGUUGAGCCCAUUUGAAUUAAACACACGAAAAAGAAGACCAAAGCAAAGCAAUUCGCCCGCUUUUUUACCUCCACUAUUUCCCACCUUUAAGCUUCUCAAAUUGCAAAAACGAAAAGAAACAAUAUGAAAACUAAAUAAAUAAUGCAUGAAUUUGUAAAUCGCUGAAAGUAUCAGGGCAGUGAAAAUUCAUCAUCAAGUUCUAGUAGAAGUUGAAACGUCAAAACGAUUGCAAGUAAAAACUUUUCACGUCAAAUUUUAAAAACAAAAAUAUAAAAAUAAAGAAGAAAAAAGAUGGAAAUGCAAUUGCAAGAGAUCCCUGAAGAUCCAAAUGAAGAUGAAGAAGGAAAGUCACCUCCAUUAUCAUCAGCAACUGCUUAUGAAAAACUUUUACACGCUGUACACGAUCCAAAAUUUUCACAUGAAGUUACGCUUGAAAAGCGAGUCGGAUUGUAUAAAUUUUGUGGAGAUAUUGGACGCGGAAACUUUUCAAGAGUGAAGAAGGGAAUUCAUUUAUUGACCAAAGAUAAGGUGGCCAUCAAAAUCGUAGAUAGAUCAAGAUUGGACACUAAAAACUUGCGAAUGUUAUCGAGGGAAGUUUCGACAUUGGAAUGUGUUCAACAUCCUUACAUUCUUCGAUUAUUUGAAGUCGUUGAAACAUUAGGUCGAGUUCACUUAGUAACUGAAUAUAUUCAAGGUGGAGAGCUUUAUUAUAAAAUCGUUCAAAAUGGAGUCUACAACGAAGGCAAAGCACGAAAAAUAUUCAAGCAAUUAGUACUAGCAAUUCAGCAUAUGCAUCAUCUUGGCUAUGUUCAUCGCGAUGUUAAAGCUGAAAAUGUGUUGGUGAUAGCAGAAGAGCAUGUAAAGUUGGGAGAUUUUGGAUUUUCGACUCAAAUCACUGGACCUCAACAUUAUUUAAAUACUUUUUGUGGUUCACCACCUUACGCUUCUCCUGAACUUUUCAACGAUGAUCAUUAUAUUGGUGGACCUGUUGACAUUUGGGCAUUAGGAAUUUUAUUGUUUUUUGUUCUCAUUGGAAACAUGCCAUUCUCAGCACCAACAGUUCCACAAUUACGUUCAACAAUACUCAAAGGCGAAUAUCGAAUUCCAGGACAUUUCACACAGUCAUGUAUUAAAUUGAUUCAAUGCAUUUUACUUCAUAAUCCGAUGCAUCGACCAAACAUUGAUCAAAUUUUACAUUGUGACUGGUUACAACAACGAGCGAAAAAACCACUAUCACCACUUCAGGAUGCACGUACAAUUAUUCAGAAGAGAAAGAAAUCUUCAUUCUGGUGCUCAAAGUCACGGAAAACUUCACCAUUGUCACCGAGUCCACCAUUAAGACAACCAGAACCGAUUGAAUGUUAUACAAAAAAGUACAAUAAUAUUCCUGUGGAAAAAUUCAAGAAUCCACUUGAUACAGGUACAUCAUUGUCAUCAGCCACAACCGUUGUUCCUAUCCAUAAUAAUUUAAGCAACUUUACACGUAACAAUUCCCUUAUCAAUAGCUCAAAAAUUGUUCAUAAACAGAAUAAAAAUGGAACAGUUGAAAUUGUUCAGAAUAACGAUGUUCUCCAAGUUCGAUCAUACUCAGAUGACGAGCCAUCAGAUGAGUCAAGUGUUGAGAGUGAAAAAGAUUUUGAUAAAUUUAUGAUGUUUCCAACAAAAACAAAUCUGGAUGAGAUUUUACUCAGAGCACUGCCAGCUCUUGAACAAGAGACAAGAAAAAUUAUGAGAACACUUGGAAUAAGCGAUGAGAUGCUGGAAAAGAAUAUCGAGCAAGGACCAAGGAGUGAGAUCAUUGGAAUUUAUCGAAUAGUCAUUAUGAGAUUGAAAACUCAGAAGGAACAAGCAACAAUAGUUAGUCAUCAUUCACCUGUAAUUAACGAUAAACUAAAUAAUAAUCACAAUCAAAAGUUAAAAAAAACCAAGAACGCUACAAGAUGUGCCAUACUUUAGAUUCAUUUAAUUAGUUUGUUAAAUAAUCAUAUCGCAUAGAUUCAAUUCUAUAUGUCCCAAAAUGAGAAAGAAAACACCAUGUGAUAAGAAAAUCUAGUAAAAUUUGAAAUAAAUAAAAUGAUAUUUUUAAUUUUCGUGAAGAA